AUGGAGGGGUUUGGGAUCCAAGAUCCAACUCUGGUUUCCUUUCUUCUGCUUGUCCUUAUCUUUAUUUCCAACUGUUUUGCAUCGAGUCAAAACGACGACGUUAAUGAAGACUCCGGGUGGGGGCAACAGCGAGUUAGGGCUGGCUUAGUUUUGGAUUUGAGUUCCGUGGAGGGCAAGAUAGUGAGAAGCUCUGUUUCCUUGGCGCUUUCUGAUUUCUACACACUCAACAGUCAUUACAAAACAAGAGUCUCUCUCUCAGUUAGAAACUCUCAAGGAGAGCCUCUCCUUGCUCUCGCUUCUGCUGUUGAUCUUCUGCAAACUGUAGGAGUGGAGGCGAUUAUUGGCGGGAGCUCGUUUCUUGAGACGAAGUUUUUGGCGGAGAUUGGAGAGAAAGCUAGGGUUCCUGUGAUUUCACUUAACUCUCCGACUUCACUGUCGUUGAGAAGAUACAGUCAUUUGAUUCAAGCAACGCAUGAUUCUUCAUCCGAGGUCAAGGGCAUUACAGCUUUCAUGAAGAGAUUUGAUUGGAACAGUGUUGCUCUUGUUUAUGAGGAUGAGGAUGAGUGGAGAGAGGGUAUGCAGCUCAUGGUGGACCAUUUCCAUGAGAAGGGCGUUCGUAUAUGGUCCAAGGUUGGUUUUACUGUCUCUUCAACAGAGGAGGUUAUGAUGCAUCAGUUAGGGAAUUUGAAGAACUUGGGAACAGUUGUCUUUGUGGUGCACUUGUCUGAACUUGUUGUAACUCACCUCUUCCAUUGUGUUGGGAAGUUAGGGAUAAUGUCUGAAGGGUUUGCUUGGAUCCUCACUGCCAAAAGCAUGAACAGCUUCCAUAAGAGCACUGGCGAUGGUUUUUCAAAAGAGGCAAUGGAAGGUGUGGUUGGUUUUAGGUCUUACGUUCCAAUGUCAAAAGCGCUUCACAAUUUCACUUUGAGAUGGAGAAAAUCACUAGGCCAUGAGGAAGAUGUUGGGUCUGAGAUAACUCGGUUGAGCAUCUCUGGUGUAUGGGCUCACGAUGUAGCAUGGGCACUGGCGAGAGCAGCUGAAGUUACAAGGGUGAUAGAUGCAUCAUCAACUCUCCUUGAGGCAAUCACACAAUGUAGAUUCAAGGGUUUGAGUGGUGACUUCCAAAUGAAGGAAAAGAGUUUCUUGUGGGACAAGUUUGAGAUUGUGAAUUUGAUAGGCUCAGGUGAGAGAAGGGUAGGCUUCUGGAAUACUAAUGGUACUUUCAGCAACACAAAACACUUGCCUUCUUCUACACACAACAAGCUGGAAACCAUAAUCUGGCCCGGUGGGACUAUUCGAAGUCCGCAAGGGCAUAAACAAGGAGGGAAAAAGAGAAAAACACUGAGAGUUCUGGUCACAUCCACCAACAGGUUCACAAGACUGGUGAAGGUGACAAUUGAUCCACUAACAAAAAAACUAACUGCUGAAGGGUUUUGUAUAGAUGUCUUCCUAGCUUCUAUUAGCCCUUUCAACUAUGAUGUGGAAUUCACACUUUGGCGCAAUAGUAGUAACUAUGACGAUCUUGCAUAUGCACUUAGUGUCCAGAAAGACAAAUAUGAUGCGGCCGUUGGCGAUCUUACAAUCACUUCCAAUAGAUCAAGUUAUGUUGAUUUUACGAUGCCAUUCACUGAACAGGGUGUUGGCAUUAUAGCACCAAGGGAUAGAAGUACGUGGGUGUUCUUCCAACCUUUAACACCAGACCUUUGGUUAACAAGUGCAGCUUUCUUUGUCUUGACGGGUAUUAUAGUUUGGUUGAUAGAAAGACCUGAGAACAAGGAGUUCCAGGGAUCUUGGUCACAACAGAUUGGAGUUAUGCUUUGGUUUGGUUUCUCUACCCUUGUUUACGCUCACAGGGAGAAGCUAAAACACAACUUAUCAAGAUUUGUAGUUACAGUUUGGGUAUUUGCAGUGGUCAUAUUGACUACAAGUUAUACGGCAACUCUGACAUCAAUGAUGACGAUGCAACAGAUAAGAUUCAACUCCAACAAGAACCACGUAGGCCACCUAUUGGGAUCACGCAUCGCGAUGGCGGCUUUCGCCACUCCCAGCAUCCAGAUAAUGUGUAAGAAGGGUGUCAAUAGUUCUGAAGAAUAUGCUAAACUCUUGUUGAACAAAACUGCCACAUUUGUUGUCGAUGAGUUGCCAUACCUCAGAGUCAUCCUUGGAGAGAAUCCUGGAAAGUUUUUCAUGGUCAAGACACAAAGUACCACCAAUGGUUUCGGAUUUAUGUUUCAAAAGGGUCACGAGUUGGUGCCUAAGGUCUCCAGAGAAAUCACAAAUCUGAGGGAAAAUGGGAGGCUAAACGAGAUGGCGAAAGGAUUGCUUGAGAUUCAACUUCCAUACGCAACAGAUGAUACAUCAAAUCCUAUAUCCCUUGACAGAUUCCGCGGUGUGUUUAUGAUCACGGGAGUUUCUUCAGCUUUUGCUCUCGCAGUACUUCUCAUUCACUGGCUCCGGGAAAGAUGGGAAGAUGUUGUGAGUUUAGUCAAUAUAUUCCUCUCGAGGCGACUAGUACAUCUCAGGAUCCUCUUCGCAAGAACUAUGCCUCCUAGUCCCAUCGAUGAACCCAUUGGCGUGAAUGCGGUUCAAAUGGCUCAACGUAACAUACAACAGGAAUUGGUUCACAUGUAG